AUGAGCAUCGCGUGUGGAAAAUCGUCCCGGAGCACUUUCGCCCCAACAGCAUCGAGGCCAAAUAUUAAGGAGAAAUUUAAAAUACCCGUCAAUCCGGAGGCGGGGAGGAAGGGGAAAUCCACUCCGGCGAAAGUGGAAGAUAUCUUCGCCAAAGAGAAGCUGAAUGGGGUCCACGACGCCGAAGAAGAAAGGGAUCGUCCUGACCCCGAAACGCCCCGUUGCCUGCAUUUUAUGAGCUUUGGAGGCGGCGAUUACCUCAGGGUGAUGGCUUUUCCCCGCAUCGGAGGCAUGAACAAUACGAUAAUUCCCUUAUCACACGGCCGAAUCCGAAGCGCAGAACAAAAGAGUAGGGGAUCCCCCAGCGGUCCCCUUAAAUACAGGCUCCAUCCUGUGUUGUUCCACCAGACAUCCAAAGCCCCUGUGUCUCGCCUCCAGUGCCUGCAGCGUCCACUCUCAGCAGCUGACAUGAAGUACUUUCAGAUCGUAGUCGUGAUCAUGGCAGUUGUUUGCCUCGGCUCUGCUUUCCCCUAUCCCGGACCAAGAGGCUACGGCAAUGUCGGUGGAGGAUCGGAGGGAGGUGCUUAUGGUGGGUCAUUCGGGGGUAGCAAUCCCUUUGGAGGCGCCUACGGUGGGAACUACGGUGGAGGGUUUGGUGCCACCCAGGGUGGACUGGGAGGCAAUGGAGGAGUUGGUGGAGGCAGUUACGGUGGGGGAUACGGGGGUAGCUUUGGCGGCAGCAAUCCCUUUGGAGGAGUUUAUGGAGGAAAUUACGCAGGGCCAGAGAAAGGUCUGGAUAUGGUUGUGGGUUGGAUGACAUGGCACUGGACAGCUGAGUACCUUCCGGCAUUGCAUGACUUCCCUGAAUAUUUCACUAUGAUCGUAGUCGUGAUCAUGGCAGUUGUGUGCCUUGGCUCCGCUUUCCCCUUUCCCCGACGAAGGGGACAUGGCGGAGUCGGUGGAGGGGCUGUGGGAGGUGCCUAUGGUGGGUCAUUCGGGGGUAGCAAUCCCUUUGGAGGCGCCUACGGUGGGAACUACGGUGGAGGGUUUGGUGCCACCCAGGGUGGACUGGGAGGCAAUGGAGGAGUUGGUGGAGGCAGUUACGGUGGGGGAUACGGGGGUAGCUUUGGCGGCAGCAAUCCCUUUGGAGGAGCUUAUGGAGGAAAUUAUGCAGAUAUGAAUGGGGGAUUCCCUGACCACCUGGCCGAAGCCCCAGCGAAGGACAACGGGGUUGGGGUUCCCCCGGCGGUUCCCAUAAAUACCGACUACUUCUCCCCGUUCAACCACCAGACAUCCCAAGCUUCUCCAAGCCUCUGUGUCUCACCUCGAGUGCCCGCAGAAUCCACUAUCAGCAGCCGACAUGAAGUGCCUUCAGCCGUGAUCAUGGCAGUCGUGUGCCUCAGCUCCGCUUUCGCAUAUCCCGGACGAAGGGGCUAUGGCGGAGUCGGUGGAGGGUCGGUGGGAGGUGCCUUCGGUGGGUCCUUCGGGGGUAACAGCCCCGGUGGCAGCUACGGUGGGAACUACGGUGGAGGGUUCGGUGCCACCCAGGGUGGACUGGGCGGUAGUGUUGGUGGAGGCAGUUACGGCGGUGGAUAUGGGGGGAGCUUCGGCAGCAACGGUCCCUUCGGUGGUUCCGGUGGCACCAACGGUUACAUUUACGGGUGAACCCGUGAAAAAUAUUGAAGUCUUUCUUUGUGAAUGCUCAAUGUGACUCUGAAGACUGUGAACGAGGACCUUUUAAAUGAAAGAUGAAAAUAAAUAAUUGAUUGCUAAUAGACAAAC